AUGCCGACCCGCCCACCGGUCGGAGGAGGACGCACUGGAGGGCCGGAAUGGAAGCUUCAGCCCAGCAAGAGCCCGAAUGACAACUAUACUUUUGGCAACAUCAUCGCCGUCUCGCCUCUGGAUAUCCCGCCAACCCGCGAUGGCACCGACCUUUAUCUCCUGAUCAAUGAUCUCUAUGUGUUCUCCGCCCGCCCCCUAGACGGAUUUCCUCCGGGAUGCAUCGGCAUGUCGGAUCCUCAACGAACAUGGGCGCGGGUUGGAUUGAGAGAUACCGUCAAGGUCGAGCUGUAUGACCAAUUUAGCCAGGGUGGGCAAGCAUAUUUGGGGUCUGCCGACAUUGAAAUCAGCUUUGCGUCCGCAAGAAAGCGCACUGAAGUUCCAUAUGAUCAAGAUGAUCUGGCGAAGGCAGUCAUUAGCAAUUUCCAAAACCAAUUGUUUGCGCCCGAGCAAAGACUUCUCAUGGACCACAAGAGCAUCCCUCUUCUAUUGAGUGUCAAAACCGUUCAACGUGUCGAUUGGUCUGAGAAGGUCGAUCUGAACUCUGGGAAAAUUGAGACGGACCCCAUCGCACGCGGGACCGGACUUAAUAUGAAGGCCUCCAACCGCCGCCCAGCUGCGAACUCGAUCAUUCAGCCAGGGUUCAAGUUUGAAGACAUGGGUAUUGGUGGUCUCGAUUCAGAGUUCAGCACCAUCUUUCGUCGAGCCUUUGCGUCUCGCAUUUUCCCUCCCGGAUUGGUGGAGAAGCUCGGCAUUCAUCACGUUAAGGGUCUUCUGCUCUAUGGACCUCCCGGUACUGGCAAAACCUUGAUUGCACGACAGAUUGGUAAAAUGCUGAAUGCCAGAGAACCGAAGAUCAUCAACGGUCCUGAGGUUUUGAAUAAAUACGUCGGUCAAUCUGAAGAAAACAUCCGAAAAAUGUUCGCGGACGCCGAGAAGGAAUACAAAGAGAAGGGUGAUGAGAGUGGACUACAUAUCAUCAUUUUCGACGAGCUCGAUGCCGUUUGCAAGCAACGUGGUAGUGGCGGAGGUGGUGGCACCGGCGUGGGCGAUAGUGUUGUUAACCAACUGCUGUCGAAGCUCGAUGGUGUUGACCAACUUAACAACAUCUUGCUCAUUGGUAUGACCAAUCGUAUGGACAUGAUCGACGAGGCUCUGCUACGUCCUGGUCGUCUAGAGGUUCACAUGGAGAUCUCUCUUCCCGACGAGCAGGGCCGAAGCCAGAUUCUCAAAAUCCACACUGAGAAGAUGCGUACCAAUAAAGUCAUGGAUACUGAUUCUGCCUCUUCUUUUGCAUUCUCCCGUCAUGUUAAAGUUGGCACUAUGGCAAGUAUCAACGAUGAUGUCGUCAAUAUGAAAGUGAACCGGGCCGAUUUCCACAAAGCUCUCGACGAGGUCAAGCCUGCUUUUGGUGUGUCUGAGGAGGAGCUUUCAAGCCGCAUUCAAUAUGGCAUGAUUCAUUACUCCGAGACUAUCAAGGAGAUUAUGCGCGAGGGUGAGCUGUUCGUCAAGCAGGUCAGCAGCCAAGAAGAGUCCACUCCACUCUUCUCGGUAUUGUUGCAUGGCCCCACUGGAAGCGGCAAGACCGCUCUGGCAUCGAAGAUUGCGAUCGAGUCUGGAUUCCCUUUCGUCAAGUUGAUCAGCCCUGAAGACAUGGUCGGCUUCAGCGAACCGGCCAAGGUGGCGCACAUUAGUCGCAUCUUUGACAGUGCCUAUAAGAGUCGUACCAGUAUCGUCGUUGUUGACAACAUCGAGCGAAUUAUCGACUGGGUGCCGAUUGGCCCUCGCUUCAGUAACAGCGUGCUGCAGGCGUUGAUGGUUUUCCUUCGCAAGCAGCCCACCCAUGGACGGCGCCUGCUGAUUCUGGCCACGACCACCGAGCGCGCUUUGAUGAAGCAGCUUGAUAUCUACAACUCUUUCAACUCGGACAUCAUGGUUCCCAAUGUGCAAACAUUUACCGAGCUGCGGUUCGUCAUGGAGGAAUCCAAGGCCUUCGAUGCUCAAGAGAUCGCCCGGGCACUAGAUGGUAUCGGUGGCCUAGCGGACGAAAGUCGUAUCAGCGUCGGUAUCAAGAAGGUCCUGCUUGGAAUCGAAACUGCCAAGCAAGAUACAGAUAAGGUCGGCCGCUUUGUGCGUGUUAUCAACAGGGCCAUUGAGGAGGAGCAAUUCUUUUCCUAG